AUGUCGCAUCCUUUGAAAACUUCUGUUUUAAUAGUAGGUUCUGGUCCAGUAGGAAUUACAUUAUAUCUCUUGUUAUCUAGGAUGAGGAUUCCUUCCGUACUGGUUGAAAAGAACACAGUUUCCAGAAGCCAUCCAAGAGCACAUUACUUGAGUAAUCGAUCAAUGGAAAUUUGGAGACAACUCGGUCAUAUCGAUAAAUUGUUUGAGUGUUUUCUGGAACCGCUCGACUCAUGGAGAUAUUUUAAAUAUUGUCGACACGUAAUAGAUCCACAAUUAAAUCUAUAUGCAGUUCAAGACCACUUUGCAAAUAACUACAGAUACAAUAAUACAUAUUUUGAGGAAUUAAGCCCAAGCAGAAUUGCUAACUUUCCUCAACAUAAAUUGCUCUUUCUCCUAAAAUCCGUGACAUUGGAUAGGUCUCAGCUUUUUAAACAUGAUAAAAAAGAAUUUUUAUUUUGGAUGCAAAACGAAUACAACUCGAUACUGUCGAAAUUUAAAAUUGACAACUCUAAAGCCGAAAAAUUAAUGAAACUAGAUAGACCACUGAAUUUCCCCAAGUCUCCCAUUUCCCGUUCUAAUUCUGAAUUUACAACACAAAUCCCUUUCAUAGAUGGUGGACUAAAAUUUGAAGGCUUCUUAGAAAAAGACAAAUUUAUUGUUUCUAUUGUAAGAAACGUAAGAGAUGGCUCACUGUUUAAUAUACACAGUCUGUUCGUAGUGGGUACAGAUGGAAUACAUUCCAAAGUUUCUAAAGAAUUGUUCGGAGAAAGAAAUGUUAAUUCAAAUGUUAAAGAUACUUCUAACUUAAAGGAAGUGUUGAGUGUUUAUUUCGAGUCACAACAACUCGGUGAGAUCGUUUCUUCAAACCCAGCGAUGAUGUAUUUUAUCUUCUCACAGUGUAUUUGCGUCCUAGUUUGUCAAGGAGGAAACCCGCCUGAAUUUGUCGUACAAAUUCCUUUUUUCCCUGAAUUCGAAACAAUGGACUAUUUUGAUGAGAAAAACUGCUCUAUGCUUAUUGAUGAAGCAGUUGGAACUAAACUCACCGAUUUAAAAAUUCAUAAAAUUAAAAGAUGGACUGUUACAACUGACGUUUCAAGAAGUUUCAUAGAUAAAGAAACCUGUAGAGUAUUUCUGGCAGGAGAUGCAGCACAUUUAGUUGCACCAGCCGGUGGUCUUGGAAUGAAUAUGGGUAUAUCAGAUGCAUAUAACCUUGCUUGGAGAAUCGCUAGAGUUAUAUAUUCCAAAUCCUUAAAUCACAAUUUGUUUGACUUUAAUAAUCUGAUGGAAGCCAUAUCAAAAAAUGGGUUGUCAGAAGAAGACAAGAUACUACUAACAGAAUAUUCUCUGGAGCGUAAAGCAGUAGCAGAGUACACGCGUGAUGUAUGCUUAAAAGAAGUUGAAAAUGGCUCGAAAUUUGCUAAAUAUCUCUGGUACAACCAUGAGAAUACCCAGACUAUCCUCAGUUUAUUAUCGCCAAUCAUUUCAAACAAAUCGAGAUUUUUCCCAAUUUUGUUUAAUUGUAUCAAGUCGCUGAUGAAAUAUAUGUAUAACACACCCAAAAGCAUGGACACAAUCUCUAGUUUUUCCAAAAUUUUAUUUUCCAAUCAGGAUGGUUCAUUGGGUUUAGCAUUUCCAGGUUCCGAUUUAGCUUAUUCAUACAAUUAUGGUGAUUUAAAGACAUCAAAAUCACACAGACAUUAUACACCUCAAUCACUGAACGGAAUGAGAAUACCUCACUGCUAUUUUUAUUCUCAAUAUGAUUCAAUAGUCUACAAAAUCUCAACCGUUGAUUUACCAUCACUAAUGCAGCCUCCAAUAUUUUAUUGCGUAUUGAUUUUCGAUCGAAAAAUGAUCGACCUUGUUAUCCCAGAAAUUGAUUUAAAUCUGUACUAUAUUUGUCUCUGGGAAACUGGAUUAAGUGUAGGAUCGGGAUCCGAAACAGUAAUAAAUGACCAAUUUCUUUCCAAACCUAAUACCUUCAUCAACAACAUAGGUGAAUAUAACCCUCCCCCUAUUCCAUAUUUUAAUUCAUUUUUAAUCUUAUUGAAUCCAUUAGGUUUGAUUUCACCUAGAGCUGAAUCCGAUUGUAAAGUUGAUGAUCAUUUCAUCAUCAACAAAAUGGAGAAUAUUCACGAUUUCGAAUACUUCAACUCCACUCUCAAAUACGUCUCGAAAAUUAGGGAAGGAGUAGUAAAAGAAGUAUUCAGCAGUAAGGAGACCCUGGACAGAUUCUCUAAAUCGUUGUUUGGCGAAGUUUUGAACAUGGAUAAAACAUACAUAAUACUCAGGCCGGAUUCCCACAUUUUAAAAUUUAAAACCUUAAGUGUAUAA